AUGAUUCUGAGGGAGAGGAAGACAGUGACAGUGGCAGCUGGGCGCAGUUCAUCAUCACUAGUGAUGUUGAUCAUAGUAUUUUUGGGAUUUUUCUUUGCGACGUACAAUAUAGUUUCCACGGUGAUGCGGCACAGAACACACGACCAGUCUCUAAUUGAUCACGACCCUGUAGUCAAAAUGCCUCAAGAUAUGUGGAAACCGAAGCAUCCCAAGGCUCCAUUUCAUGUCGCCAUGACUGCAACGGACUCUAUUUACAAUCAGUGGCAAUGCCGAAUCAUGUACUACUGGUACAAGAGGAUAAAAGACCACCCGAUUUCUGAGAUGGGCGGGUUCACUCGGAUACUGCACUCCGGGAAACCCGACAGCUUGAUGGAUGAGAUCCCUACUAUAGUGGUUGAUCCUCUUCCUCCAGGUAUGGAUCAGUGGUUGGAGAAGGAGGUGAUUGAGGAAGAUUACAUACUAAUGGCGGAGCCAGAUCAUAUCUUCGUAAGUCCCCUCCCAAACUUGUCAAAUGAAGGCGUCCUCGCAGCUUUCCCAUUUUUCUACAUCAAGCCUCUAGAGAAUGCAGACAUCGUUAGGAAGUAUUUUCGAGAGGAAAUGGGGCCUAUCUCCAAUGUCGACCCAAUUGGUAACUCUCCUGUCAUUAUUAGCAAGGAUUUGCUGCAAAAGAUUGCUCCCACAUGGAUGAAUGUCUCUAUCAGAAUGAAAAGUGACCCCGACACAGACAGAGCAUUUGGAUGGGUGUUGGAAAUGUACGCAUACGCAAUUGCAUCAGCUUUACAUGGAGUGCAACACAUUCUUCGAAAGGACUUCAUGUUGCAGCCUCCAUUCGAUCGAGAAAUCGGAAAGAAGUUCAUCCUUCAUUUUACCUAUGGGUGUGACUACACCUUCAAGCAGGGCGAGCUGACAUAUGGUAAAAUAGGAGAAUGGAGAUUCGAUAAGAGAUCAUAUGUACGAGAAGCUCCUCCUAGGAAUCUCCCUUUGCCUCCAAAAGGCGUUCCUGAAAGUGUGGUCACUCUUGUAAAGAUGGUGAAUGAAGCGACCGAAAACAUUCCUAACUGGGGUGCAUAAUUCAAUAUUUAAGUGGUCGGCGCUCGACCUCUGCUCAAAAUAGAAUUGUAAAGGUCCC